UCAAAUGCCAAAAAAAAAGCAACUUUUAUAUGGAGCGGAGUAAAUAAAUUGUGUCUGUUGAUUUUAUUGGCAAAUUCUUUCUGUUUUUUAUUAAUAUCGCUGGCGUAGUGUUUUCAUCCUUCCGGUCAAAGUGAAUAGAUUAAAUUUUAACAAUAAUGGAUUACAAUUCCUUCAAUGAUAAACAUUACUCUGUACCGGGUCACUCAGCUGCAGGUGGAUCAGGGUUUUUCCAUCCCAAUUCAUCCGGUGGAUUUUUAAAAGUUCCAAAUCCGUCAAUUAUAUUGAAGCAAGAAAACAUUGCUUCUGGUUCCAGUAGUGGAGCUGCAACACCUCCGGUAAACUACAGCCAAACUGCACCGGUAUACAAUGAGCCAAAUGUACACGUUGACGACUCGAAGCCCAUCUACUAUGCAAAGCCGCUGGACCUGCAGCUAAUAUCAGGUCCUUAUUUGGCACAUCCACAGCAGAGCGCUCAACAGGCGGUGGCUCCUUUUCACAUGUCCCAUGAAUUUCAUCACGACCAUUCCAAUGCAUCAACGAUUAGUUCUGGUGUUGAUCCGCAGCAUAACUCGUACAGUGUGCAACCAUCGCCGGUACACACCGGAGUUAUUCUUCAACAUAAUUCCUUUGCUCCAGCGGCACCUGCUAAAGCUAGUUAUUGUUGCGAAAUGUGUGGCAAGAGCUUCGAUUCAAAGGUAAAGCUAGAGAAGCACCAUCGAACUCACAACGAAGAGCCAACGUUUGAGUGCAGGAUGUGCGAGAAAAAGUUUCGCAGCCAAAGUACGCUCACCUGCCACGAAAAGGUGCACGGGGAGAAUGGAGUCGACAAUAAGUACUCGUGCGUCACCUGCGGAAAGGUGUUCAAAGCCCAGGACAAACUGCAAAUUCACAUGCGUCUGCAUACGGGCGAAAAACCGUAUCAAUGCAAGAUCUGUUUCAAAUGCUUCAAUCAUCAGUCAAAUUUGAUCGUUCACUCGCGCAUUCACGAGACAGUGAAAAAGGCGCUCAAAUGUGAUCGCUGCAACAAGGUACUGGACAACGAGCAACGAUUGGCGAUUCACAUGAGACUGCACACCGGCGAGAAACCGUACAAAUGCUCGUACUGUGAUAAGAGAUUUAACCACAAGAGUACCGUGUGCACGCACGAAAAAACCGUGCACAUUUCUUCGAACGCAUACAAGUGCUCGCGUUGUCACAAAACGUUCAACCAGAAGUGUCAACUGCAGUACCACGAAAAACUGCAGGAACCACAUGUGAUUGCGUGCACAAUGUGUGAAAAGGUGUUCUGUUACAAGGCCAGUCACAAGGAGCACAUGUUCAAGGCACAUUUGCCGCGGCAGAGCAAAAGCCGGCUGCUGUAUGCGGGCAAUGCAUCAGUUGGUGAAGGCGAAGGAAGUGGCCGGAACAAAUUUCACUGCAAUAUCUGCGAUCGUCGGUUCUAUUAUAAACGGGCUCUGGAGAUGCACAUGGGCGUUCAUGAUGCCUCGUUGGAUGUGAACGUACUCUACUUUUCGUGCAACUAUUGUCCGGAAACGUUCACCGAUGAAGAGCCACUGCAUAAACACGAAGCAGAACACAUCGCCAAUAACACCACGGAUUUCAUGGAAAAUUUGAAAUCGCAGGAGCAAUUGGAAACGCCGGAAAGUGGACAAGUUGAGGGAAAGUAUCGCUGUCCGCUGUGUUUCAAUCGCUUUGAUGAGUUGAGCGCUCUACGAGAUCAUCACAAGACACAUUUGUGUUCGAAUCCGGAAGAGUGCGAUAAAUGUAAACCGUCACUCGCGGAGGACUGUGACCUAUCACAGAGCAACUAUGACGAAAGUGAGGACAAUAGGGAGACUCAAUGCCACAUCUGUGAACGUGUUCUACCGUCAUUCGAGUUGUUCCAGAAUCAUUUCCACUAUCACACAUCACGGGUACCGUUCUACUGCUAUCACUGUCGAGAAGAAUUCCACGACAAGAAGGAGCUGUACGCACAUACGAAAACGCACGCUCCUAGGGAUGCCGAGUCGUAUACCUGCGAAAUCUGCGCCAAGGUCUUCUCGACCAAGGGUAACUUCCGGCGACACUUGAAAUCGCACGAAGCGGUUCGCGCUUUCGCUUGCGAUCGGUGCUUUAAGCAGUUUGAUUAUAAAAGUGCACUCGAUUCUCACCUACGGAAAGCUCACGGAAUCGAGUACACAUGAGGUGCAGGAGUGCAAAACAUUAGGACAGAGAUAGAGGAAUAAGCUGCCGCUGACUCACUUAUAAUUUCUAGGAUUAAAGCUUGUGCAGUGUUUGUUCGGUAGUGAGUUCCUGUUUUGAUGGCUACGUUUUGAAACAGAGCGAGGCCUAUGAAAAUUUCCCAUAUUUUAUUCUAUCGUUGUAUUUCUAGGACUACCUAAUUAAUAGUAUUAGGUUCAUAUACGUUUGUUUCGUAUAUGUGCUAAAGAAUACUAAAUUCUACCUAUCAGUAGUCACGUAAAGUUAAGUUGUAUUUUUUACGCAUCGAUGAAUAUAGCAAUUUACAAGCGUAGUGACAACGGUUUUCUGAAUUAGUUUUUGUUCCAAUUACGCUCUCAAUCUGUUCAUCAAAGAUGAACAUUACUAGCGAAAAAAUACUGCAUAAGGGGAAGGCCUCUAUUUUAAACGCUGCUGAUUAGAGUAAAUUUAACGAUAGCUGUCGCUAAACUGAGGAAUAAAUAGUCUUAA